AUGGACGCCUACAAUAUCAUCAAGUUCCCCCUGACCACUGAAGCGGCCAUGAAGAAAAUCGAAGAUAACAACACUUUGGUGUUCCUGGUUCACACGGAGGCCAACAAGCACCACAUCAAGGCUGCCGUCAAGAAACUGUACGACAUUAACGUGGCAAAAGUGAACACCUUGAUCAGGCCCGACGGCAAGAAGAAGGCGUACGUUAGGUUGGCUAGGGAUUACGAUGCGCUGGACGUAGCCAAUAAGAUCGGCAUUAUAUAA